GCACCAUCCCAGAGCAGCUAUCCCCAGCCAAGCACUGUCAGGAGCCAUUUUCUGUCUGGAGGGCCUGAGGACAUUGACGUAGAAGAUGUGUGAAGAAGAGGACAGCACCGCCCUUGUUUGUGACAAUGGGUCAGGGCUCUGUAAAGCUGGCUUCGCUGGGGAUGAUGCUCCAAGAGCAGUUUUCCCAUCCAUUGUGGGUCGUCCCAGGCACCAGGGUGUGAUGGUUGGUAUGGGUCAAAAAGACAGCUAUGUAGGUGACGAGGCUCAAAGCAAGAGAGGAAUCCUGACCUUGAAAUACCCCAUAGAACACGGCAUCAUUACAAACUGGGAUGACAUGGAGAAGAUCUGGCAUCACUCUUUCUAUAAUGAGCUCCGUGUUGCACCUGAAGAACACCCAACUCUGUUGACUGAAGCACCACUGAAUCCCAAAGCCAACCGGGAGAAGAUGACCCAGAUUAUGUUCGAGACUUUCAAUGUGCCAGCCAUGUAUGUAGCUAUUCAAGCCGUUCUGUCCCUCUAUGCUUCUGGACGUACCACAGGGAUUGUGCUUGACUCUGGGGAUGGUGUCACCCACAAUGUGCCAAUUUAUGAAGGCUAUGCCCUGCCGCAUGCCAUCAUGCGUCUGGAUCUGGCUGGCCGUGACCUGACAGACUACCUCAUGAAAAUCCUGACGGAACGUGGAUACUCCUUUGUGACCACAGCGGAGCGUGAAAUUGUCCGAGACAUCAAGGAGAAGCUGUGUUACGUGGCCCUGGACUUUGAAAAUGAGAUGGCCACUGCUGCCUCUUCCUCCUCUCUGGAAAAAAGCUAUGAGCUUCCUGAUGGUCAGGUGAUCACCAUUGGAAACGAACGCUUCCGCUGCCCAGAGACCCUCUUCCAGCCAUCUUUCAUUGGCAUGGAGUCUGCUGGCAUUCAUGAAACCACUUACAACAGCAUCAUGAAGUGCGAUAUAGACAUCAGGAAGGAUCUUUAUGCUAACAACGUGCUGUCUGGAGGCACUACAAUGUAUCCGGGUAUUGCAGACAGGAUGCAGAAGGAAAUAACUGCUUUGGCUCCCAGCACUAUGAAGAUCAAGAUCAUUGCUCCUCCUGAACGUAAGUACUCCGUCUGGAUUGGAGGCUCUAUUCUUGCCUCCCUGUCUACUUUCCAGCAGAUGUGGAUCAGCAAACAGGAGUACGAUGAAGCUGGCCCAUCCAUUGUUCACCGCAAAUGCUUUUAAAUUGCUUUAUCUUUAUAUGUCUCAGUGUAUUACUGUGAAUGUAUUCAGGAAAAUACAUUCUUAUCAUUUCAUUCUUUCAUUCCAUAAAUCCUUCAUCGUAAUGACUCUAAUUAAUUGGAUACUAUGUAUUUUUUUUUUUGGAAUAAAUUUUAAAUAUGCUAUGAAA